CAACGCACCGCACUGAGCUGAGGAGGUGCCUAAUGAGCAGACUAGACAUCCACCCUCUGUCCACGAAUUCCACGCAGCUUCAAACAGUCACAUUUACCAUGAGAACCAGCGGCAAACAGAAGAGGAAAGAUUCAUCUGCAGACAACUGAGUGAAGCGACAGGAUGCCGGGGGGUCGGAGGGGACUUGUGGCCCCCCAAAAUACUUUUUUGGAAAAUAUUGUCAGACGGUCUAACGUUUGGACACUGUCACAUAGACAGACAGACACCAACUUUGUCCUGGGAAAUGCUCAGAUUGUGGACUGGCCCAUCGUCUACAGCAAUGACGGUUUCUGCAAAUUGUCGGGGUAUCAUAGAGCAGAAGUGAUGCAGAAAAGCAGCACCUGCAGCUUCAUGUACGGGGAGCUCACAGACAAGGACACAACGGAAAAAGUUCGACUAACAUUUGAGAAUUAUGAGAUGAAUUCGUUUGAAAUACUGAUGUACAAGAAGAACAGGACACCUGUUUGGUUUUUUGUGAAGAUUGCUCCCAUUCGAAAUGAACAAGAGAAAGUGGUCCUCUUCCUUUGUACAUUCAGCGACAUCACAGCCUUUAAACAGCCCAUUGAAGACGAUUCUUCUAAAGGCUGGGGGAAGUUUGCCCGACUGACUCGAGCUCUAACAAGCAGCAGGGGAGUGUUACAACAGCUGCAGCCCACAGUUCACAAAGGAGAGAAUGUCCACAAGCACUCCCGUCUAGCUGAAGUAUUGCAGCUUGGUUCAGACAUCCUACCUCAGUACAAGCAGGAGACCCCCAAAACACCUCCUCAUAUCAUCCUGCACUACUGCCUCUUCAAGACCACAUGGGACUGGGUCAUCCUCAUCCUCACCUUCUACACCGCCAUCAUGGUUCCGUACAACGUCUCCUUCAAGACAAAGCAAAAUAACGUGACCUGGUUGGUGGUGGACAGCAUCGUGGACGUCAUAUUCUUGGUGGAUAUUGUUUUAAACUUUCACACUACAUUUGUUGGACCUGCUGGCGAAGUCAUCUCAGACCCCAAGCUGAUCCGAAUGAAUUACCUGAAGACGUGGUUUGUCAUUGACCUGCUGUCCUGCCUGCCAUAUGAUGUUAUCAACGCAUUUGAGAAAGUAGAUGACAAUUGGAACCACCGAGCUGUCACUCAAGGGAUCAGCAGUCUGUUCAGUUCUCUUAAGGUGGUCCGGCUUCUCCGUCUGGGUCGGGUCGCCCGUAAACUGGAUCAUUACAUCGAGUAUGGUGCGGCUGUUCUGGUGCUGCUGGUGUGUGUUUUUGGACUUGCUGCGCACUGGCUGGCUUGCAUUUGGUACAGCAUAGGUGAUUAUGAGGUUAUCGAUGAGGAAAAUAAUGUGACCCGCAUGGAUAGUUGGCUCUACAUCUUGGCUGAGACGAUGGGCAAGCCAUUCCAUUUCAACGCCAGUUCAGGGGACUGGGAGGGUGGACCAAACAAGGACUCUGUCUACAUCACUUCCUUGUACUUCACCAUGACCAGCUUGACCAGCAUCGGCUUUGGCAACAUCGCCCCGACGACAGACGGAGAGAAAAUCUUUGCAGUGGCCAUGAUGAUGAUUGGAUCUCUCCUUUACGCCACCAUCUUUGGUAACGUUACAACCAUCUUCCAGCAAAUGUACGCCAACACAAAUCGCUAUCACGAGAUGCUCAACAGCGUCCGAGAUUUUCUCAAGCUUUAUCAGGUGCCCAAAGGCUUGAGUGAGAGAGUUAUGGACUACAUUGCCUCCACCUGGUCCAUGUCACGGGGUAUAGACACUGAAAAGGUGUUGCAGAUUUGCCCAAAGGACAUGAGAGCAGAUAUCUGUGUUCAUCUGAACCGCAAGGUUUUCAAAGAGCAUCCAGCUUUUCGGUUGGCGAGCGAUGGCUGCCUCAGAGCUCUGGCCAUGGAGUUUCAGACAAUCCACUGUGCUCCCGGUGACUUGAUCUACCACGCCGGUGAAAGUGUGGACAGCCUUUGUUUUGUUGUGUCCGGAUCCCUGGAGGUCAUUCAGGAUGAUGAGGUGGUGGCCAUUUUAGGUAAGGGAGACGUAUUUGGGGAUGUUUUCUGGAAGGAGGUCACUCUGGCACAGGCCUGCGCCAACGUCAGAGCGUUGACCUACUGCGACUUGCACGUCAUUAAACGUGAUGCUCUGCAGAAGGUGCUGGAGUUCUACACGGCAUUUUCUAACCACUUCUCCAGAAACCUGCUGCUCACGUACAACCUGCGAAAGAGGAUUGUCUUCCGGAAGAUCAGUGAUGUGAAACGAGAGGAGGAGGAACGACAGAGGCGUAAAAACGAAGCCCCUCUGAACUUGCCACCAGAUCACCCAGUAAGAAAGCUUUUUCAGCGCUUUCGGCAGCAGAAGGAAGCCCGCAUGGCCACCGAGAAACCUGAUUUGGAUGAGCAAGAUAUUGAGAAGGGCAAGGUCUAUGUGGAUGUCCCAAUGGCUAAAGCAGCCAUUUCAACUACCAGCAUUGUCACAGUAACUGAAAGUCCAGCAACACCCUCAUCUUCAACACCUUCACCUUCAACACCACCAAACAGCACACCUUCAGAAAAGGCGAAGUUACAGGUGCCCUCACCCAUUUCUUUGGUAGGAGGCCGAGCUGCAGAACCAGUCAAAGUAAAAGGCUGGGGUCGCUUCAAGGAGUCCAUGGCCAAACCCGACAACUGGAGCAAAGUAUCUAAAGCAGAAUCCAUGGAGACUUUACCUGAACGGACCACUGCGCAUGACUCACAAACAUCUCUAAAAAAGACAGACUCAUGUGACAGUGGUAUCACUAAAAGUGACCUGCGUCUGGACAAAGUAGGUGAGUUUCGCAUGACUCCUCAGGACCGCAGUCCCGCUCAGCCUCCAGAAACGAGGCACACGUUUUAUCCCAUUCCUGAGCAAACACUUCAGGCUUCACUUCAGGAACUCAAGCUUGAGCUCAAGGAUGACCUUAAGAACCUGAAUGUUCGAAUAUCCAGCCUUGAGGCGCAACUUGCAGAAGCACUUAAACUUCUUAAAGCCAGGAAAUCAAGCACUGGCUCUCCACAGCCUCUUUUUGACAUUUCUAGACCUGCCUCUCCAGAACUGGAAAAAGAGGACAUCUUUUCUUGAAGGAUGGAAGACUUAUCAGGUAACAAUAAACCUUGAACUCAGCUGGAAUCUAGUAAUAUCAAAAUACUUAGAUAGCUGAGGCUGCACUGGGCACACCAUGUAUAGGCAUCAUUGUGGUCUGUAAGAUCAGCCAGCCUUUUAUUGUAGAGGUGUACCCGCUGGUUAACGAAAUGUUAGCAAGUCAAGGUCGUAGCCAAGACUUUGGUGUUGUAGCAGUGAACACUUGGAGGUUAAAUAAAACCUGACAGCUCUACGUUUGUACAUAGGGUUGAUUUAUUAUUCCACUGCACUGAGACGGAGAAAUUAUUAGCAAAAUUUGAUUUUUUUAGGAUUCCUUGACAGAUCUUGUAUCUCUGUUGAGAGGCUUCAAUGGAGGCAGCAUGGACCAUUGAUUUGUUAUUGAAUCAUGCAUAUGAGGUUAUUUGCAUGUCAUAUAUAUGUGAGCCUCAUUUUGCAGAUGGGGCAUAUUUCAUUAAUUGACGUUGCACAGCAAGUCAUUUGCAUCAUUUCACUUUGACAGUGAGAAAGGACAUAGUUUGCCCAUUUUGAAACCAUCUUAGAGUAAUUUCUUCAAACACAUCUCUUAUUAAAUCAGCUGUCAAGAUGAUUAUGAAUUAUACAAUAGAUAACUUUGGCCAGGCAAUCUGAUUUCCAAAAUCAUGUUUGAGUAGAGCUUACAGUGUAAUUUCCAUAAACCACAAAUAGAUGUGCUUGAUGAAAAAUGAAUUUAAAUGCUAACUAGUCAGGCAGCACUGAGGUCAUUAUCCAUCUUUCCUGAAGUCGUGUAUUUGUUAUUCUCAUUUAUGAACACUACAGCUACAUACAUAAUACAGUAUUGUAUGAGAGUCAUGCAUUUUUAGCUUCAGGGAUGCAUACAUUAUUAAAUAAUGCAGAAAACGGGCCGGUUUAUGGAUAUGCUCCUUCUUUCAUAACUGUCAUAAACAUAACGAGGAAUGCCCUUUAGCUAAAUAUUUGAAAAAAUAAAACAUAUUUACAUAAAAAAAUAAGCUCUGAUAAAGCGGAUGAGACCACUAAUUCAUUAGCAUCUGUUUAUAGUAACGGGUUUUUCACUUAAAUGGUCCCGGACAUAAAUUUUUACAUUUUAAGCCAGCUUCCAUUUAGCAUGUUUUAAUAUUUCUAUCCCCAUGUACGUAAAUUCCCAGCUGUUAUUCUUGGACUCCACUUUGCAUGAUUCACAGUGCAAUUCUUACCUAAUUCUGCCCCCUUAUGCAGCCCCGUAAUUCAUUUUCUGUUUCCUGAACUGCUUCCCUAUAAGCCUACUUUCUUCUGAUUGACUAAGCCUUAAGGGAACAACACCCCUUUCUUUUGAAUGGUUGUGCAUGUACUAUCCCUGUUAUAUGUAACUGUAUAACAGAGUCCAUGUGAUCCUAAUUUAGUUUUUCUCUAAAAUAUGAAAAGAUAUUUUAAAUGUGUUACCUCUCCAUGUUUACUUCAUUAAAAGGCAUUUUAGCCUUGUUUGAUAAAACAAGAGACAAAGUUAAAGACAAGGUCAUAUUGACAGAAUCUAAAAUAUCAAUAAAACUGGGAGACAUCUACAGGAGUAUAUGACAAUAAUGUUUGAACAACAGCCAAUUUAUAUCAGAUAAAAAAGACAACUAUCAACUUAAAGCAAUAGGUUUACAUUUACAUAUAAUUGUAUAGUAAUGAUAGUACUAAACAACCCCUUUUCUGCAGUAGCUGUAUUGUGCCUGUUCCCUGCUAAUGAUGCAUGUUUACAUUACACUGCAUUACAUUUAUGUAUUUAUAGUCAGUGUUUAGAAAAUUUGUUAUGUACAUAUUGCCAAAUCACGGUUAAUGGCAUGAACUGAAAUGUUGCACCAUUAAGUGCAAAGGCGUAAAUUUAUCUAUCAUCACAAAGAUAUAAAACGUAAAUGAUUUUUUAAGAGGACUUUGCUGACAUUUUUGUAUUUAACCAGUAACUUAAAACUAUUGCUCCUUUUUGCUGACUAAAGGAUUUGUAAAAAGUUUUUGGAUAAUAUCAGGAAAGUUACUGUUUACACCUACAGAGAUAUCAUUUUAAUUUAUUUGUUAAUUUUAUGAGCAAAGUUAAUUAAGGGUAACUAGCAGCUCUGUUCACAUGUAAACAAGCUUAAGGCAUCCACACACCAGGUGGUGCUGUGAAAGACACUAAUAAAAGAUUUUGUUGUAUGUUUAUUAGUUCCUUAAACAUUUCUUUUUUUUUUUGCUAACAGUGAAUUGGGCCAGGUCAGUCCAGUCAAAAUAAUUAAAAUAUGUUAUUUGCCUUUUUCUUUGAAAGUGUGCUUUUGUUUUACACAUAAGUAUUAUUUCAGUUCCACAAGAAACAAUUCAUUUAAAUGUAAUUAUUGUUUCAUAUGUCACAUCAACAAACACUAAAUAAAUCUUGAACUAAUAAUAUAAUUGUGCAACAUCACACAAUUAAUUUAAAAAUUAAACUUUAUCUCACUAAAUUAUAUUGUUAUCCAAAACCCUGCUAACCAUGGAUGCACUGUCAGGUAUGUUCUUAUCUGAAAAAAACAAUAAGAAUAAAAUAGAUAACAAACUAUGAAAACAGAAUAUUGUUAUGCAUAUCAAAUAUUAAGUAAAUCAAGACUAGGAGUGGUGGUGUGGAGUGAUAUUGAAAGACCAGUUAGCUCUUUAAGUAGAAUUGUGUCACUUAGUGUCAUUUAAAAUCAAAGAUUAAUAGGAAAAGUUUCAGAUUAAACUCAUAUGAUUAAUUUUCAUUGAAAAGUGUUGUUAUAGAUGAUAAAAGGUUGAAAGAGAUGGAUUGCAGUCAACAGAAACACACGCAACACACAUAACACCAAAGGGUUUUUGGUCAAUUCUGUCACUGUAGAAGCAGGAGCUUU